AUGAACGAUUCUACCAAAGAUACACUUUACAAGGUUGCUGAUAUCACAAAAACUGUUAUUCAUUGGGGUUUUAUUCCUUUUGUUAUCUAUCUUGGUAUUUCUCGUAGUAACCCCAGACCUUCUAUUCUCAAGCUCAUCAGUCCUCUUGCUUAA